CGGCGGCCGUGGUAAUUGCAGACGCUCGGGGGCAGGGCUUGCCCCAGCGCAGAGUAGUGGCAACAGCUUGUCGCGUCGGGAGCCCCGGGGACGUGAACUCGGCAGACCCACUCUCUCCCCCUCCCAGGAGGAGGUGCUGCCGAAUCCACGCGGGGCAGCGGGACCGCCCCGAGGGGCUUCCUCAGUGGAGGAGAGGUGGGGUUCCAGGGCACAGGUGACAGGGCCGGAGAAAGAUGGAGCAGCCCGGGGCGGCGGCGGCGUCGGGCGCCGGAGGCUGCGGCGAGGAACCCGGUGGGGGCCGAAGCAACAAGCGGAGCGCGGGGAACCGGGCCGCCAACGAAGAGGAAACGAAAAACAAACCUAAAUUGCCCGGGAGGCGGUGCGGGAAGGAGAAAGGCCCCACCCCAGCUUGGGGAGACCCCGAGUACCGGAACAUUCAAAUAAAAACUUUGGCAGAUGAUGUGCGUGACCGAAUUACAAGUUUUAGAAAAUCUACUGUCAAAAAAGAAAAACCUCUUAUCCAACAUCCUAUUGAUUCUCAAGUUGCAAUGAGUGAGUUUCCAGCGGCUCAGCCAUUAUACGAUGAACGAUCUUUGAAUUUGUCCGAAAAGGAAGUACUGGAUCUCUUUGAAAAAAUGAUGGAGGACAUGAACCUUAAUGAAGAGCGAAAAGCUCCUUUACGAAACAAAGAUUUUACCACCAAGCGUGAGAUGGUCGUCCAGUAUAUUUCGGCUACUGCCAAAUCUAUAGUUGGAAGUAAAGUUAUGGGAGGGCUGAAAAACAGCAAACAUGAAUGCACUCUGUCUUCACAAGAAUAUGUUCAUGAAUUACGAUCUGGUAUUUCAGAUGAGAAACUUCUUAAUUGCCUAGAAUCUCUGAGGGUUUCUUUAACCAGCAAUCCUGUCAGCUGGGUUAACAACUUUGGCCAUGAAGGUCUUGGACUCUUGUUGGAUGUGCUGGAAAAGCUUCUGGACAAGAAACAGCAAGAAAAUAUUGACAAGAAGAAUCAGUAUAAACUUAUUCAGUGCCUCAAAGCAUUUAUGAACAAUAAGUUUGGAUUGCAAAGGAUUCUAGGGGAUGAAAGAAGCCUUUUACUGUUGGCAAGAGCAGUUGACCCCAAACAACCCAACAUGAUGACUGAAAUAGUAAAAAUACUUUCUGCUAUUUGUAUUGUUGGAGAAGAGAACAUUCUAGAUAAACUUUUAGGGGCUAUAACUACAGCAGCAGAACGAAAUAACAGAGAACGAUUUUCACCAAUUGUGGAAGGAUUAGAAAACCAUGAAGCUUUGCAAUUACAGGUGGCCUGCAUGCAGUUUAUAAAUGCCCUUGUCACAUCUCCUUAUGAGCUUGAUUUUCGAAUACAUUUAAGGAAUGAAUUCCUUCGUUCAGGACUAAAAACAAUGUUACCAGAUCUGAAAGAAAAAGAGAAUGACGAGCUUGAUAUUCAGUUGAAAGUAUUUGAUGAGAACAAAGAGGACGACCUAACUGAAUUAUCACACCGUCUCAAUGACAUUCGAGCAGAAAUGGAUGAUAUGAAUGAAGUGUACCAUCUUCUGUAUAAUAUGUUGAAGGACACUGCUGCUGAAAAUUACUUAUUAUCCAUUCUACAACAUUUUUUGCUCAUCAGAAAUGAUUAUUAUAUCAGGCCACAGUAUUACAAAAUAGUUGAGGAGUGUGUUUCACAGAUAGUGCUGCACUGCAGUGGCAUGGACCCAGAUUUCAAGUACAGACAAAGAUUAGACAUUGAUUUCACUCAUCUGAUAGAUUCUUGUGUGAACAAGGCAAAAGUUGAAGAAAGUGAACAAAAAGCAGCAGAAUUUUCAAAGAAGUUCGAUGAAGAAUUCACAGCUCGACAGGAAGCUCAAGCUGAGCUUCAAAAAAGAGAAGAAAAAAUCAAAGAGCUUGAAACAGAAAUCCAACAACUUCGAACCCAGGGACAUGGACUCUCAGGUUCAUCAGGAAUUCCAGGCCCUCCUCUACCACCUCCAUUGCCAGGUGCUGGGCCACCCCCGCCUCCACCUCCUCCAGCGCCACCUCUACCCAGAGGAGGUCCCCCUCCUCCUCCACCUCCUUUACCUGGGGUACAUGGAAUAGCAUCACCAUUGCCUUUGUUUGGGGGACCUCCUCCACCACCUCCCCUUGGAGGAGUUCCUCCUCCUCCUCCGGGAACACUUGAUCUGCCAUAUGGAAUGAAGCAUAAAAAAAUAUAUAAACCUGAGGUGUCCAUGAAGAGGAUCAACUGGUCAAAGAUUGAACCCAAAGAAUUGUCUGAGAACUGUUUCUGGUUGAAAGUUAAGGAGGAGAAGUUUGAAAAUCCAGAUCUCUUUGCAAAAUUGGCACUGAAUUUCGCUACCCAGAUAAAAGUUCAAAAGAAUGCAGAAGCUUUUGAAGAAAAGAAGACCUUGCCUACAAAGAAGAAAGUGAAAGAGUUGAGAAUUUUGGAUCCCAAAACAGCCCAGAAUCUUUCUAUCUUCCUAGGAUCAUAUCGUAUGCCAUAUGAAGAUAUAAAAAACAUCAUUCUGGAGGUUAAUGAAGACAUGUUGAGUGAGGCCUUAAUUCAGAACCUUAUAAAACAUCUUCCUGAGCAGAAGGUCCUCAGUGAAUUAGCACAGCUGAAGAAUGAAUAUGAUGACCUUUGUGAGCCUGAACAGUUUGGAGUUGUGAUGAGCUCAGUGAAAAUGUUGCGUCCUCGUCUCAAUAGCAUUCUUUUCAAGCUCACGUUUGAAGAACACGUAAACAACAUCAAACCAAGCAUCAUAGCAGUAACUCUGGCCUGUGAAGAACUGAAGAAAAGUGAAAGCUUUAACAGACUUUUAGAGUUAGUUCUUUUGGUUGGAAACUACAUGAACUCAGGCUCAAGAAAUGCCCAGUCUUUGGGUUUUAAGAUCAACUUUCUCUGUAAGAUCCGAGAUACUAAAUCAGCAGAUCAAAAGACAACCCUCUUGCAUUUUAUUGCUGAAAUUUGUGAGGAAAAAUACCGGGAUAUCCUGAAAUUUCCUGAAGAACUGGAACAUGUAGAAAGUGCAAGCAAAGUUUCAGCUCAAAUUCUCAAGAGCAACCUUGCAGCAAUGGAACAACAAAUUGUUCAUCUGGAACGUGACAUCAAGCAAUUCCCCAAAACAGAAAAUCAACGUGAUAAGUUUGUGGAAAAGCUGACGAGCUUUACAAAGGGUGCCAGAGAACAGUAUGAAAAACUACUCACCAUGCACAACAACAUGAUAAAGCUCUAUGAGAAUCUUGGAGAAUACUUUAUUUUUGACUCUAAGACAGUGAGCAUAGAAGAAUUUUUCGGUGAUCUCAGCAACUUCCAAACUUUGUUCCUGGAAGCAGUGAAAGAAAACAACAAGAGAAAAGAAAUGGAAGAGAAGACUAGGAGGGCAAAGCUUGCAAAAGAGAAAGCUGAACAAGAAAAGUUAGAACGCCAGAAGAAAAAGAAACAACUCAUUGAUAUAAACAAAGAAGGUGAUGAGACGGGCGUGAUGGAUAAUCUUCUAGAAGCCCUGCAAUCAGGUGCAGCAUUCCGAGACCGCAGAAAGCGGAUUCCAAGGAAUCCAGAUAACAGACGAGUACCUUUGGAAAGGUCACGCUCUCGCCACAAUGAAGCUAUCUCAUCUAAGAAGUGAUUCCUGAUGCCAAAGAAUAUGAAAAUACUUACUUACUUAAGUAAAUAAAAUCAUACAUUUUGGGAAGAACAAAACAUGCACUCAAGGGAUGGAGAGGAAAUAAAUAAGUACAUUUCUGCAAAGAGCAAGCUAAGCUGGUUGCAAUAGCGUGCAUAUGUAAAGCUAUUGCAAGACUCCUCCCACAGUUAUACUAAUACGAACACAAUUACCAGGAUUAUAAAACAUGCAUUCCCUUUUAGUGUAAAGAUGUGUAUUAUUUGUUACUGUGUGUGGCCUGACCGUGAUGAUGAAAAAAGUGUAAGAAAUUGAAGCGUUCCAAAGAAAGACUUUCAAAACCAUUCAUUCAGUCUGUCAAAAAUGUAUAUUAUCACUCAAAUUUGAAGUCACCCCCCCGCCCAAAAAAAAGGAAGAAAAGAGAAGAAAAAGAAUAGAAAGAAUUAGUCAGUCAGUGUCUACUUCUGAUUCCUGUUUUAUAUAGAAAAGGAAAAAAAAGGCCAGUGAAAAUGUGUGUGUUAAUGGUUUGGAAAGGCACUGCUAUUGCACACUCUAUAAAAGAAGCCAUUUUUGGAAACUCAGAAAAAGAAGAAGUACUGCUUCACCCCCCCACCAAGUUACUUAGAAUCUUAUCUCAAGUGAAAGUUGAUGGAUUCAUCUGCUUCGGCUGAAAUUAAACUUAUCAUUAAUCUAGAGUUUCAGCAUGAUAUUGCAGGCACUUAUCAUCACUGCUAAAAAUAAGCCAAAAAGUUUAACAGCAGCAGUCAGAGAAAGUGAUUUAAACUUUAUUUAAAGAGGUAUUUUCUAAUUAAUUAUGCACAUAUAUCUACUUUAUACAAAUACUUUAUAUGGCUGUUUUUGAGAAAAACCUCGCAUUUUAAUGUUUAUGCUAGGGCUGAACCUGCAAAUUCUGUUACCUUUAUUCAGAUUUUUAAAGGUAAAUAUUGCUCUCUAUUCUCCGUGGUUUAUUUCUUCUCUCUCUUGCUUCUUUCUCCCACAACCCCCUUAAGGCAGGGAAUAGAGUUCUAGGCGACCUGAGGGGAAAAAGAUUUCUCUCCGCAGGAGGCAGCAGAAAACUGUCCGAAAGGUCAGUUGUUUUAUCUGCCUUUCUACUCCCCUUUCCAGUUCCACCGUGGUGAUCUGAAGAAGAAAAAGAAAUUAUAUGAUGUAUGUAUCUGUAUAUAUGUGUAUAUAUUUAUAUCUCCUGCUACAAUAAUUAAUUCCACAUCCCAGUGACUAAGUGAACUUCUCAAUCAUCAUCAUACUUAUUUACCUUAUAUUAACAAAUUCAAAUGAUGCUGCCAAAACAACUGUAGGAGGAAAAAACAGGCUCUACAUUUUUCUUAAAUAGAUGAGGGAGGAAAAGUUAUACUUCUUAACUUGUCUGUCUAUUAUUUUUAAAAAUGCAUUGUAAUAAUGUGGUAUAACUUCUCUGGACUAACUAAUCCAUGCAGAUGAUUGUGAUUAUUGUAAAAGAUUUCUUAUUAUUUGUAUAUUUCUUAUAAAGAAAAUCCUAUUUCUACUUCCUCCAAAGCACAUUAUAGACAUUCAGAAAGAACAAGUGACUGGCUUGGCAAGUCACUCCCUGAGCUAAUGUAACCAAGUGACCAAUAGCUCACAGUUUUUCCUUUUUAUAGAUGAUGUACAGUGAUUCAAACUGCUGCCUUUUCCUCCAGUGCAUUCUUCCUUGGGUCUUAUCCUUUACAAAGCUCUGAAGCUGCUACAAUAGAGAAAUCAAAAGCAGUAACAGGAUCUGAGAUUUUACAAUUUUAUCCUAUCAUCUAUAUCUAUCUUAAGACGACACACACAUAUGCACACACACAAACAAGUUUAAGGGACAUAUCAAUUUCACACACUUUUUUUUAACAGUAACAAACAACAACAACAAAGAUUUAGGUUCUACUAAUUUAUGUAAAUACUUAAUGUAUGUAUUUUUAACUUUACAAAGUCUUUUCUGAAAUCUUCAUGGUAUGGCUUCUUUGAGUCUUUUGAUAGCUUUUCAGACUGUUGGAAAAUGAUAUUUUGAAAUAUUCACCCUGACUAAUAUUUAGGGACAUUUGCCAUGCCAUAUUAUCAGGCUGGUCAAGGUGGACAUACUGAUGCAUAUCACCUUUUCCAGAUGUGAACUUGCCUUAUUUUUUAGUUUGUGGGGGAAAAAAAAGUACUAUUAUUGAUAAAUUAUAUAUUUGUAUUUAGAAUAAUUCCACAUGCUUUUCACAAACAUUAUGAGACCAUUCAGGGUCUUUCACGAAGUUCUGAUAACUCAAUUAAAGGGUUUGCUUCCCAGAUUUAUGAUGGUCCUGCUCUAGCCAUUUGCAGUUUUGUUUUAGAUUGAAAAUAAUUAUCACCAGAAAAAAGUACAUAGUGAGUGACAUUUUUAGUAUAGAACCAAAUUAUACUAAAGUCUUUUGUUUGUUUGUUGGGUUUAUUACUGCCACAUGUGAGACGCACCAAUUUAUGCAGAUUUUCUUCAGAAUGUUUUUUAAAAGUGCAAAACCCUUCAAAAUGUUUUUGUUUACUAGUUGUAUUAGUUUCCUUUGGCUGCUGUAACAAAUUACUACAAACUUGGUGACCCAACAUAUCAGAAAUUUAUUCUUUCAUGGUUUUGGUGGCCAGAUGAUGUCCAAAAUCAAGGGCCAUGCUCCCUCCAGAGGCUCUAGAAGAAACUCUUCCCUUGCCUCUUCCAGCUUCCGGUAGCUAUUGGCAUUCUUUCUUUGGGUUAUGGCCAUAUCUCUCUCUGCUCGGUCUUCACAUCACCUUCUCCUCUGUGUAUUUAAUCUCCCUAUGCCUCUCUCUUAUAAGGACACUUUUGUUGGAAUUUAGGGCCCACCUAGAUAAUCCAGGAUAAUUUCAUGUGAAGACCCUAAACUUACUUAAUUACAUCUGUAAGAAAGACCCUUUUUCCAAAAAAUGUAACAACAUUCAUAGGUUCUGGGGAUUAGGAUGUGGACAUAUCUUUUUGGAGGUGACCUUUAGCCCAUGACGGUCUGCCCUCUGGACCCCCAAAUUUAUGUCUGUCCCAUGUGCAAAGUAUAUUCACCCUAUCCCAACAUUCCCAAAAGAAGUCUCAACCCUUUAAGUCUAAAAUCUCAUCCAAACAUCUUCAGUUCAAAAGUGCCAAAGCUCACCUAGAUCAUCUAAAUCAGCUAUAGGUGAAAACCCUGGGGCAAAAUUCCUUUGCGUCUCUGAAUCAGUGAAACAAACAAGACAUCAACAGGGCCCCUGCUUCCAGAAUACAGUGGUGGGACAGGCAUAUGAUGAUUGAUAGUUAUAGACGACAUUCCUAUUCCAAAAGGGAGAAAAUGGAACAAACGUAGAAAGGAGUCACCUGUCCUGAUGCUUUUCAGAAUUUGGCCAGGCAGAAUCCCCUUAGGUUUCAAGGCUUGACAAUAAUCCUCCUUGUCUCGGGGCUAUACCUUUUAGGCCUGCAGCUCUGGCCUCUUGGCCCAUGGAUCAAGUCUCUGCCCCUGUGCCCAUGGCUUGUACUUCUGCCUCUAAACCUGCAGCUCUGCCCUAGGGUUGAUCUUCUUUUCUAUCAAUCAUCAAAGGGUAUCACCUCUUUGCAGCUUUAUCAUCAGCCUACUUCCUGCCUGUAAAGUUUUGGUAGUCUGACCGCCUUCUCUCAUUUUGUCCUGUCUCUGUCCCUUUCAGGCCAAGCUGGAACUGUUUCCGCUGGUGUAACUUUCUCAAAAACUUUGUGGGCUCCCCGUAUAUAUCAUAUUGAUUUACUAGUGAGACAAGAGAGUCCUCACAGAUCUUUGCCAGAUAACACCACCUCUGUUCCUGGCUUCUACUGAGAUGAUUGAGUGGAUCAGUGAGUCAAUGCCUAAUCGCUACAGCACUAGCCAAAGGUUAUCCAGCCUUGGCCUUAUCUCCAGAGCACACUAUCCACACUAUCCUAACAAACAGUGAAUCUUCAUUUUAGCAUCUUUUUCAAUCUGAAUAGGCUCAGAAUUUCCUGAAUCAUCAAGUGCUGGGUCCUUUCUGCUUAACAGUUCUUGCUUCAAUUUAUCCCUUUCCUCUUAUAUAUUUUACUCUAAGCUCAAGAAAAAAACCAGGCCAUACCUCCAGUGCUUUGCUCUAAAAAUUUCCUCAGCUAAAUAUCCAAAUUCAUCACUUACUUACAGAUCUACUUUCCACACAACAACAGUUGGAGGCAAUUUGGAUAAGCUUUUUGCCGCUAUAUAGCAAGGAUCACCUUUCCUCUAGUUUUCAAUAAAAUGUUCCUCAGCUCCUUCUGAGCCCUCACGAGACGCGCCUUUAACAUUCCUAUUCUUCCCGACAGUCUGUUUAAGGCAGUCCAUGCUUUUUCUAUCAAUCACAUACGUCAAAAUUCUUCUGGCCUCUACACAUGAUCUAAUUCCAAAGCCACUUCUACAUUUUUGGGUAUUUGUUACAGCAGUCCCUGACUGACUUCCUGGUACCAAAAUCUGUAGUUUGUUGCUGUGGUUGCUGUAACAGAGUACUCCAAACAUGUUCACUUAAAACAACAGGCAUUCAUUCUCUUACUGUUUUGGAGACCAGAAGUGGUAAACUGAGGUAUUAGCAGGGCUAUACUCCCUCUGGAGGCUCUAGGAGAAAACCUGUUCCUUGCCUCUCCCAGUUUCUUGCGACUGUCAUCAUUCCUCGGCUUGUGGCCACAUCAUCUCUUUCUGCUCUGUCUUCAUUAUCAAUAUCACCUUUCCCUCUGUAUGAUGUCUAGUCGUCUACCUCUGCCUCCCGCUUAUAAAGACACUUGUGAAGGCAUUCAAGGCCCACCGGUUUAUCCGUGAUAAUCAUCUCCCCAUUAUUUCAAGAUCCUUAACUUACUUAAUUACAUCAUCUGUGAAGACCCUUUUCCCAACUAAGUUAACGUCACGGGUUCUGAGAAUUAGGACAUGGAUGUAUCUUUGGGGAGCCACGUUUCAGCUCCCAACACCACUAGUCAUUGCACAUAAAUGUACUUUUCACAUUUUGAAAUGCAUCCUUGGUGCUCAAGCCAAAUUCAAGGUUGUCGCUAAGAGCUAUUGUAUGCGCAGGCUACUGCAUGCUUUGAUGUUAAAUGGCUGAACAGGCUAUUCUUAAAUUCAGUUGAUACUUUUGUCACUGUGGCCAAUUAGCUUGAAAAAAUAAUUGGUUCCAACUUUGAGCUCUGGUGUAUCUUCUCUGCCCCUUUUUAUGGAGUCUUUGACCGAAUGUUUUCUAUGAUUAAUAAAUAAUGUAGGUAUAAAACUACCUCUGAUACAGAAGCAUUCUUUACAAAAGUUUAUUUUAGAUAUUGUGACUCCCUCAGCUGAAAGGAAGGGUGACAGCAAAACCUGUUUGAAUGGAUAUUGAGGGAGAUUGUGCCCAUACCAAGACGCUCAGAAGUGUUUCAGUAGCAGUAGAACUGUGGAUUCAUGUUCUCGUUUUGCCUCGGCAUAAACACCUGUCUCUGCAGGACCAAGAAUGACUUGCAACCUAU